AUGCCAGAAUCUAAUACAGAGAUACCAACACCUCAGGCUACAAUGACAACAACACCUGAAGCUACCAUGAAUCUACUAACACCUGAAUCUACCACAAACAAUGCAAUACAUGAUUCUACUGCAAGGAUAAAUACAGACGGAUCCUCCACAGGUAUAACAACAUAUGAUUCAACACAAUGGAUAACAAACUUAGAAUCUACCGCAGCAACUACAUUAACCGAGUCUUCCAUAGAGAUGACAUCACUUGAAACUACACCAAUGAUGACUGUGCAAAAAACUAUGUCAACAUUAGCAACUCCUGAAUCUAACUCUGGAACAAAAACAGCACCUGAAUCUACUGUAGAAAUAUCAUCAAUUGAAACUACCACUGAUAUAACAAAACUUGACUCAUCUAUACAAACUGAAUCUAUUACAGGAAUAACGACACUACCGCCCACCAGUCACAUAACUAUGCCAGAAUCUAAUACAGAGAUACCAACACCUCAGGGUACAAUGAUAACAACACCUGAAUCUACCACAAAUCUACUAACACCUGAAUCUACCACAAACAAUACAAUACAUGAUUCUACUGCAAGGAUUAAUACAGACGGAUCCUCCACAGGUAUAACAACAUCUGAUUCAACACAAUGGAUAACAAACUUAGAAUCUACCGCAGCAACUACAUUAACCGAGUCUUCCAUAGAGAUGACAUCACUUGAAGCUACACCAAUGAUGACUGUGCAAGAAACUAUGUCAACAUUAGCAACUCCUGAAUCUAACUCUGGAACAAAAACAGCACCUGAAUCUACUGUAGAAAUGUCAUCAAUUGAAACUACCACUGAUAUAACAAAACUUGACUCAUCUAUACAAACUGAAUCUAUUACAGGAAUAACGGCACUACCGCCCACCAGUCACAUAACUAUGCCAGAAUCUAAUACAGAGAUACCAACACCUCAGGCUACAAUGACAACAACACCUGAAGCUACCAUGAAUCUACUAACACCUGAAUCUACCACAAACAAUGCAAUACAUGAUUCUACUGCAAGGAUAAAUACAGACGGAUCCUCCACAGGUAUAACAACAUAUGAUUCAACACAAUGGAUAACAAACUUAGAAUCUACUGCAGCAACUACAUUAACCGAGUCUUCCAUAAAGAUAACAUCACUUGAAACUACACCAAUGAUGACUGUGCAAGAAACUAUGUCAACAUUAGCAACACCUAAAUCUAACUCUGGAAUAGAAACAACACCUGAAUCUAGUGUAGAAAUAUCAUCAAUUGAAACUACCACUGAUAUAACAAAACUUGACUCAUCUAUACAAACUGAAUCUAUUACAGGAAUAACGAACCUACUGCCCACCAGUCACAUAACUAUGCCAGAAUCUACUAGAGAGAUACCAACCCCUCAGGGUACAAUGAUAACAACACCUAAAUCUACCACAAAUCUACUAACACCUGAAUCUACCACAAACAAUACAAUACAUGAUUCUACUGCAAGGAUUAAUACAGACGGAUCCUCCACAGGUAUAACAACAUCUGAUUCAACACAAUGGAUAACAAACUUAGAAUCUACCGCAGCAACUACAUUAACCGAGUCUUCCAUAGAGAUGACAUCACUUGAAGCUACACCAAUGAUGACUGUGCAAGAAACUAUGUCAACAUUAGCAACUCCUGAAUCUAACUCUGGAACAAAAACAGCACCUGAAUCUACUGUAGAAAUAUCAUCAAUUGAAACUACCACUGAUAUAACAAAACUUGACUCAUCUAUACAAACUGAAUCUAUUACAGGAAUAACGGCACUACCGCCCACCAGUCACAUAACUAUGCCAGAAUCUAAUACAGAGAUACCAACACCUCAGGCUACAAUGACAACAACACCUGAAGCUACCAUGAAUCUACUAACACCUGAAUCUACCACAAACAAUGCAAUACAUGAUUCUACUGCAAGGAUAAAUACAGACGGAUCCUCCACAGGUAUAACAACAUAUGAUUCAACACAAUGGAUAACAAACUUAGAAUCUACUGCAGCAACUACAUUAACCGAGUCUUCCAUAAAGAUAACAUCACUUGAAACUACACCAAUGAUGACUGUGCAAGAAACUAUGUCGACAUUAGCAACACCUGAAUCUAACACGGCAAUAGAAACAGCACCUGAAUCUACUGUAGAAAUAUCAUCAAUUGAAACUACCACUGAUAUAACAUUACUUGACUCAUCUAUACAAACUGGAUCUAUUACAGGAAUAACGACACUACCGCCCACCAGUAACAAAACUAUGUCAGAAUCUACUACAGAGAUACCAACCCCUGAGGCUACAAUGACAACAACACCUGAAGCUACCACAAAUCUACUAACACCUAAAUCUACCACAAACAAUGCAAUACAUGAUUCUACUGCAAGGAUAAAUACAGACGGAUCUUCCACAGGAAUAACAACAUAUGAUUCAACACAAUGGAUAACAAACUUAGAAUCUACCACAUCAACUACAUUAACCGAGUCUUCCUUAGAUAUGACAUCACUUGAACUACACCAAUGA